AUGGCAUCUGCUACUCUCCUCAAGUCCUCCUUCCUCCCCAAGAAGGCCGAAUGGGGCGUCGCGCGCCAGGUCGCCGCCCCGAGGGUGUCCAUGGUCGUCCGCGCCGGCGCCUACGACGAUGAGCUCGUCAAGACCGCGAAAACCAUCGCGUCGCCGGGGCGCGGCAUCCUGGCCAUGGACGAGUCCAACGCCACCUGCGGGAAGCGCCUCGACUCGAUCGGCCUGGAGAACACAGAGGCGAACCGGCAGGCGUUCCGCACGCUGCUGGUCUCCGUCCCUGGCCUCGGCAACCACAUCUCCGGCGCCAUCCUCUUCGAGGAGACGCUCUACCAGUCCACCGUCGACGGCAAGAAGAUCGUCGACAUCCUGGUGGAGCAGGGCAUCGUGCCCGGGAUCAAGGUGGACAAGGGCCUGGUGCCGCUCACCGGCUCCAACGACGAGUCUUGGUGCCAGGGUCUCGACGGCCUCGCCUCCCGGGAGGCCGCCUACUACCAGCAGGGCGCCCGCUUCGCCAAGUGGCGCACCGUGGUCAGCAUCCCCAACGGCCCCUCCGAGCUGGCUGUCAAGGAGGCCGCAUGGGGCCUCGCCCGCUACGCCGCCAUCUCGCAGGACAACGGUCUGGUGCCCAUCGUGGAGCCGGAGAUCCUGCUGGACGGGGAGCACGGCAUCGAGCGCACCUUCGAGGUGGCGCAGAAGGUGUGGGCCGAGACCUUCUACCAGAUGGCCCAGAACAACGUCAUGUUCGAGGGCAUCUUGCUCAAACCCAGCAUGGUCACCCCCGGCGCCGAGUGCAAGGACAGGGCCACGCCGGAGCAGGUCGCCGACUACACCCUCAAGCUCCUCAGCCGCCGCGUGCCGCCCGCCGUCCCCGGCAUUAUGUUCCUGUCGGGAGGGCAGUCCGAGGUGGAGGCCACGCUCAACCUCAACGCCAUGAACCAGGGGCCCAACCCGUGGCACGUCUCCUUCUCCUACGCCAGGGCGCUGCAGAACACGUGCCUCAAGACGUGGGGCGGCCGGCCGGAGAACGUCAAGGCGGCGCAGGAGGCGCUGCUGCUGCGUGCCAAGGCCAACUCACUCGCGCAGCUCGGAAAGUACACCAGCGACGGCGAAGCCGCCGAGGCCAAGGAGGGCAUGUUCGUCAAGAACUACAGCUACUAA